AUGCCUGAAAGGUAUGCUGGGAUGCGCGGCAUCAUCCGAUCCAGUUUGGCAUUCUUGCCUCUCCUGGGCCACUUCGGAUUCGUGAAUGCUCAGGAAACCGCGACGGCCCUUAUCCCUCUUGACCUUAGCGACUAUGGGUUCGACCGGGAAUUGACUCUCCUUUUCACGCUCUUCGAAUCCGAAAAGCCCUGUGCGCUGUCCAAUAUCCAUCUCAACGGCCAUGCUCUCGCAACCCUAACCGAACGCUCCGGUCGCGAUACCAUCUUGGAAGACUAUGGCUCCGAGGUCGUGGCAAAAUGGGCCCUCCAGUGCGUCGAGCUCGACAAUAAGCCGGUCCAAGAAACCAUCACUAUCCAGAUCGAGUCGAUCGACAACGCGCGCCUCGAGGAUGUGAUAUUCACCGUCACCUUCCACCAAUCUUAUCCGGUCGCCAUCCUUUCCGUCGAGGGUCAAGCGACAAGUGCCCCUAUUCUUGACAUCAGCGCCAGCCAAAAGGCUUACUGGAUCCCGGCCAGCGAAGACGAUGACCCGGAUGACGAGGUUCAAACCGCGAUUGAAGAAAUCCAACUUUUGAGGUACCAGCAACGCGAAAUCGCGCAUAGAAUCAAGGAGUUGGAGGACUUUGUCAGGCAAGUAGAGACCGGCGACGCGUCCCAGUGCCAAGGGAAGUUCCGAUGCAUCAUGAGGCAUUUCCUCGACCGUGUUGCUGGCAUGGCCGCCAAGGCAUACUCAAACGUUGUGGGCUCGCACUCCGAUGCGGCGUCGUACAACGAUCAAACCUCUCUCCAUAAGAAUGGCGGGAAUGCUAGCGCUGGGGGUGCCUCGUCCCGGCUCCACGCCCCUAUUAGGCGACCCUCCUGGCGCCCGCUGUUCUGCCCUUGUGCUCCCGACGACGACUCGACUAGCCACCUCCCUAAGCCGCCCACCGACGACACAACGUUUCCUCCUCUUCCCAUUACUCCGCCCUCGGACGCCGACUCAACGCCCGGUUCUGACAACUCUACUGGGACUCCUAGCGGGGAUGAAAACAACAACAACGACAACAACAACAACCCAGACCCCUCCAAAGGUGAACCUGAAAAAUCUGUCAAAAAGCCGAUUCAAUCGGAUAACCGGGACUCAACUUCGGGUGGUGAUACCGUCGCUCCAGCCAUUGUCUUCAUGAUGAUCAUGGCCUCGAUAUUCUGUGUCAUCCGGUAUAGGCGUCGGAUCGCCGAGUUUCAUCAGGAGCGUAGGCGUAAACGGCAGGAGCGUUAUCGACGCCGGCGGGAGGCUGUCGCCGCCUUUGUCCGUCGAUUGAUCCCCGGUAUGCCUUGUCAACCCUCCCCAGAUAUGGAGCAGCAGCAGCAGCAGCAGCGCCUGCACCAACAUGAACAAGGUGGACACCUAUAUCAGCAACACUACCAGGUCAUCGAAACCCCAGAGCCCCCGCCUGUGCGGGAGGUGCAACAGCAGCGCACCCGCCGAUCGCAGUCCGAUGCGUCAAAUACGAUGGAACAGGACCUUGCCCAGCUUCGCGCAGCGGUCGCCAUGGUGGAUAAUCUAGUGGCUGGUGGCGAUUCCAUGAGAGAGACCGCUGCAAUGGAUCGCGAACUCGACCCUCUGCUUGCGAGUAUGCAGGUGCGCCGUGGUUCUGUAAGGCAGUCUUCUGAGUUCACCGAGUACUCGUAUCCUUCUAUGCAUCAUGACUUGCCGCCUGCCUACGAGUCCGAGGAGGAUGAAUCUUCCACCCUGCCCGCCAUUUCGGAUGGCUUCCGUCGUAGCCUAGGAACAGCGCCAUAUUCUCCUGGUUACGGGACUUCAACUGCGAGGCUGGGUGCUGAUGAGUUGGGGUAUCGUAAGCCCUAA